AUGUUUCAGUUUACCUUGAAACAUGUCAGAGGAAUCACCUUCUCACCAGAUGGCUUGUCGCGACGACGACCGGCGCCUGGAGACAAAGAGUAUCCCAAUGACAAGGAGGAAAUCUUUGACAAGCCACCACCAGAGAACAACGAGAAUUGGGACUACGACACGGAACAACCAUUAGACUUUGAAGAGUUCAAAAGGGAUAUUGACACCAGAGGUGGCUACCUUAACUCUAUGGUUGGGUGUGCUGAGUCGGUCGACAACAUAUCCAAAAAGCUGGUCGAAGCUUGCGACUCUCGUCGCGCUGAGAAUCGGCGUGUCAAAGACGCAUAUGACGCUCAAGGUCUCGUUGUCCCAGUCUUCAUGUUGAACAAUGUGGCAAACGGAGAACCACUUUUGCCUGAUCUUGAACUGCGCGACAAUCCGGAGGAUCCCUACAUCGAGGAUCACAGGACGGGCACAGGGAUCGAACAAGACAAUAAAUUCUCGCGACAGUUUUUCCUCAAAGAUGGAAAAAUGUACAAGAGAUCGACCAAUGGGAUUCAUAGACUGGUCGUGGAUAAGCACCACAGGACUUAUAUGAUGAAGGCGUGUCACGACGCGCUGGGUCAUAAGGGUCUUUUCAGCACUAAGAGCCUGUUGGAAACUCGGUUUUGGUGGCCAGAGAUGGAAAGAGACGUCGACUGGUGGAGAAAGACUUGCCAUAGCUGCCAAGUCCGCCAGAAAACUCUCCUCCGCACUCCACCAACGCCGACUAUGACUCCAAGUGUAUUUCAGAAGAUACAUACAGAUGUCAUGAUUAUGGGAACGCCUUCCAACGGAUACAGAUAUGUCGUCGCGGCAAGGGAUUCUUUGACCCGCUACGUGGAAGCGCGACCGCUACAGGCUGACAACGCCAAGGCAAUCGCGCGUUUCUUACUCAAAGACAUAGUGUGUUGCUGGGGGUGUCCUAAGUGGAUUGUAACCGACAACGCAGGACAGUUUGUUGCGGCGUUGAACUGGUUACAGAAGAAAUAUGGUAUCAAGGGAAUAAGGAUAUCUCCUUACAAUUCCCAAGCUAAUGGCACUGUUGAAAGAGGACAUUGGGACAUUCGACAGUCGCUGUACAAAGCUACUGGGGGAAACGCCUCUAAAUGGUUUUGGUUCUUCCCACAAGUCUUGUGGGCGGAUAGAAUUACAGUGCGUCGCGGGCUGGGUUGUUCAGCAUACUUCGCAGUAUGCGGGGCCCACCCUACCAUCCCUCUGGAUAUAGUCGAAGCUACGUGGUUAGUCAAAUAUCCCGACCGGAUCGUCGACUCUGCAGAUCUCAUUGGUCUCAGGGCACGCGCUCUAGCGAAACACGCGGACCAUAUUGAAGAUAUGCGCAGCCACGUCAGCGACGCCAAACUAAAGAUGGUUCAACACUACGAACUCGAGUACAAGCAUGUGAUCAAAGAUUACAAGUUUGUACCAGGGGACUUAGUGUUGGUCAGGAACACAGCUAUUGAAAAAUCAUUGGACAACAAGAUGAAAGCUAGAUAUCUUGGGCCCAUGAUUGUAGUUCGAAAGACCAAAGGGGGUUCUUACUUAGUCUGCGAAAUGAACGGUGCGAUGUUCCAUGCGAAAGUCGCGGCGUUCAGAGUAAUACCUUAUUUGGCAAGACAGAAGUUGACACUCUCUGAAGAUAUAAAGAAGCUGAUAGAUAUUUCGCCUGCUAAACUCGAUGAGUUGGUAGAGGAAAUAUCUGACGUCCGCGACUACCAGUUCGAAGGUGUGAAACUUAAGAACUCGGAUAGCGACGACGACGACGACCCUGUAGAGGAUCCAGCCUCUGUCGAGUGA